GAGGAGAUGAUAUAUCGUAAAGACCAAUGUAGCAGUCAUUUCACUGUUAAUUCUUUAUAGGAAAUGGAUCGAAAUAAAAACGGACCUGGCCCACCAUACGUUCGGAGGUUAACCGUGGGAUAAUAGGUGAGGACUCGCUAAUGGAUCGCAUACGCCCGACAGUGGAGCCUCUAAACGGAACGAUAACGGAGGACGUAGCUAGAGGGCGCACUACAUCCGUUGCGGAGCUAUCAAUCGAUCCCAUUGUAAUCCCCGUAUAUGAAUUAUCACCAUGCACGCCUCCUACUUUCUGAAUCCGAUCACCGUACUUCGGGGUAAUCUUCGAGAUCCGAAAUUAGAAGUGCUCAAAUCCCCAAUUUAAACGACCAAAAUGACAACGGAUCAACCCCCCACCAUCCCCAUCGACGUCCCCGCCCGCCACGGCCUCCUCUCCGUCCUAUUCUCCGAGGCCGUGACGCCUGACACCCGUCUCCAAUGCUCCAAGCUCUCCGGCUCCGCCUUCGGCAAAUCGCUCUCCGCGCCACAGUUUCUCGAGCGCGAGGCGCUACUUGGCACGCACCCCCUGGCCGUCGGGACCCGGUGGCGGUUCUGGAACUUGACUCUCGCCGAGGCUAGCGCCGGCAACGAUGAUGAUAAUGAGGAGGGGGCGAAGGUAGUGGCGCUGUGCAAGACGCUUCACCGGGACCUGCUUAUCCGGGACGAGCGAGGGACGCGCCGGGAACAGGGGUACUGUCUAUGUAGCGUGGUGACGGACGACGAGUACCGAGGGCGCGGACUCGCGUCCGUGCUGUUGGGGAAAGUUGCGGAGUGGAUGGAUGGGGAAGGGGGAGCGGUGGCGAGUAUGCUGUAUUCGGAUGUUGGUGAUUUCUACGUUAGCAAAGGCUGGGACAUGCUGGAUGCGCUGCAGUCUACCCUGACCGUUCCUCCUUCACUUGCUCCUGGCGAGAAGAGUGCCAAGCUACCCACGACUCGACUCUUAGACGCGGACGAGAUCCCCGCGCUAGCCGAGCGCGAUAUACAAGAUCUAGAAACCGAGUUCCGCAACGCCGAUCUCUCACCAGACACCACCCUCCUCACGGUCCUCCCCACCCCAGACAUGAUCAGCUGGCUGCAAACCCGCGCCGACUUCAUGAACACCAAGCUCGCGGGCCAGACCCCCAAAGCCAAAGGCAGCAUCUGCGAGAGCGCGGGUGCUUGGGUGUACUGGUUCCACGACCUGCACGCCCGGAAACUAACCAUCCAGCGCGUCAAGCUGCCUCAGACCCAAACCCAAGCCGGCGAACUCGCUACCAUUCAGGCCGUGGGGGCGCUUCUACUCUCCGCCGUUGAGGAGGCGGCGCGGUGGAAGACGACGAAGGCCGUGAUUUGGAACCCCGGUCCGGAGAUAAGGGGCGCGACGAGGUACUUGGCGGAGGAAUUUGGGAUAGGGGUUGAGGAGGAGAGGAGGGAGACCAAGAAUAUACCGUGUUUGAGGUGGAGGGGGGACGAGAAGAAGAGGACGAGGGUUUGGCCUAAUGAGUAUUACGCUUGGAGUUGAUAGAUAGGAGUUGCGAAUACAGUCAUAUACCUAACUUAAUGUCAUCACCAGCUACGGUAUGGAGCAUAUUGGCAUAAUUAAAGAAUACAAUCACGAUCAGCAGAAGAAUAGGUACUAGAUAUGCCGGCAAAGCGUAGUUUAUUAUGUAUUACUCAUUAUACC